AUGAAUAACUUAAGUCUUCCUACACUCUUUAUCGUAUUUCUUAUAACAAGUUUGAUCUCAGUAUCGAUUUCUAGUUGGGAUACUUGUUCUACAUGGACUUGGAAACCUAAUAUGAAUUCGAUUGGUGGUCAAUUAGGUCAUACUGGUAGUUGUAAUGGACUUCAUUGUUCAGUUUGUAGUAAUACUUAUGGUACUCAAAAUGUUACUACUGAUUAUGGUACUGGAAUUGAUUGUACUUCAAAAUCUAAAACUCAACUUAAAACUAAAUGUUUUUAUUACGAUUUAAAUACGAAAUCUUGUAUUGAUGGUCAACGUGGAAUUUAUACUUGUAAAGACUUUGAAAAACUUAUACAAUGUGAUAGUACUGCUUGUGAUUACAAUUAG